AUGUACGCACGUAUGAUCUGCAUGAUUUAUCUGUUGGUAUUAUGGGUAUCACUCAGCAAGCAAGAACCACGAAACAUUCAACUUAAACCACCGAAUUUGAGUGGCCAAUAUCGAAUCAAUGUCUCGCCUUUUGAGGAAAUCGCUAACAAUGUACAAAUAGAAGCGAGAGCAAACACAGGUUAUCCAUGCAAUGGAACAUUUACGAAAACAAAUGGAACAACAUGUGGUCUCAAAGAAAUUAUGUUAGGUCGUUGUUAUGAAUAUCAAUAUAUUAAACGUGGUCUUUAUCUCUCGAAUACUACAGACAUCAAAAAUUGUACGGAACUCUAUGAUCUAUUCGAAUCUGAAGUUCGCUAUAAGCCGUAUUGUAACAUGAAUAUGAGUACAUAUAGUAAAUACUUCGAAAAAGCACUUGCCGGUGUCCACGUCAUCAAUCGGGCGAUCUUUUGGAGUGGUACUUAUGCCAUCGCACAUACUUAUAGCGGACAUGGUUCUAAUUAUAUCACUCUAGAAGACACAUUGGCUGCGAAUAUGCUAGAUGGUUUGAUGUGGUGUGGGAAAGAGAAUGACACCGAAGGUUUUGAUUAUGUGAGUUGUCCAAAUAAUUGUAAAGAUAAUCGAUGGGCGGAUUUGGCAUUUUGGGGUUUGGCAUCGAGAACGUUUGCUGAACGAGUAUCCGGUGAAAUCUAUGUCGUUUUAAAUGGAAGUCGAACUGAUGGUCGACCAACAUAUCGUAAUGGAUCAUAUUUUGCUGAAUUUGAACUGCCGUAUUUUAAACGUAACGGAUCGUUUCGUGUUACGAAAAUCAAUGCUUUGGUUUUGCAUACACCUGAUCUUCCUGUUACUGAGAAAUGCGGAGAGAAAAGUCUAGUUUUUCUCGAAAAACUCAUUCGCGAUGCACAGUUUGAAUACAAUUGUGUGGACGAUCCAGAUGAACUGAUCAUGCUUAUGUGUGCUGACUCAUGGGGAGCACGGGAAUGUCAAGUAGCACGAAAUUCGUUACGACAGCUGUGGGAUAUCAAAUUAUACGGAACAUCCAAUGCAAUAAUUCAUUCGCUAUCGUUCGUCGUUUUGUUCUGCAUCGGUGUUUUUCGUCAGAUUGUGUAA